AUGAAGAAGAAAUACCAAGGGAAUGAUAUGGUACAAAGUGCACAACUACAGAGGCUGAGAAGAAGCUUUGAAGUCCUUGAGAUGAGGUAUGGCGAGACAAUAGAAGAAUACUUCGCACGAGUGAUGGAGAUUGCAAAUGAUAUGCGCAACCUUGGAGAGGACAUGCCUGAUGAAAAGAUUGUUGAGAAGAUUCUCAGAACUCUUGCUGAAAAAUUCACAUACAUAGUAUGUGCAAUUGAAGAAUCAAAGGAUAUCAAAGGCAUGACUGUAGAUGGUUUGCAAAGUUCCUUAAGGGUCCAUGAGCAAAACAUGAUCAGACAUGAUGGAGAGGAGAAAGUUCUGAAGAUUGAAGAGCAAUGGAAACCGAUUAAAGGUAGAGGCUGA